UUGUUGUGCCUGCUACGCCGCUCUGUAUCCCUCCGCGCGGGCACUAUCCGCUCACUACAGCUCGCUCUCCCGCAGAAACAGCGCGUUUAAUACCCGCUGCGACAACAACGCCCCCAUAUAAUCACCCUCUGCGGUUACUUUGGCGAUUAGAAUAAAUCGAUUUUAAUUCAAUAUUACCUAGAACACGUUUUGGCGCGAAUUCCUCCGUGGAAGGACACGCGGCGGCGCUUCGGCUGUAUAAAAUUAAAUCCCGGCUCCGCCACACCCACUGCCCCUCCGCGUGCUCCCGACCUCAGACAUUUCAGCGGAUUUACAGCUUUAUUAAAACUUUCUCCACACCUAACAUCGCUGAUUCUCUUCUGUUUCCGCUGUUUAUUGAUCACGGUUUAUCUCCAGCGGUCUGUUCAGCCGGUUCUGCAGGAUGUUACCGAGCUGUUCUCCGCCGCACGACUGGCUGAGCGAGUCGGAGCCGCUGCUGUUUGAUGAUGAAUUCUGUCAGAGUCUCAUCAAGGACCUGCAGAACCACGCGCUGCCCACCCCGCCGCACUCCCCGCCGCUGAAGCCGGGCCCGGGCCGGCCGCUCUCCAGCGUGGAGCAGCUGGAGCUGGUGUCGGAGCUCCUGCUGGAGGACAGCGACUUUCUGCAGCUCAGCUGGAGCAGCGACUUCAGCGCGGAGUCCGGCGGAUCGGGGUCCGGGUCCAGCCCGGGGGCGAGCUCCGAUCCGAGCCCCAUAGACCCGGUGUCGGCGGCGUGCCUGUGGCCGGGUCCCGGGGAGAAGUCCGCGGAGGAGAAGCUGGGCGCGGUGCUGUCCUCCAGCCCGCUGCUCUCGGAUAUAGACGCGCACAUCUUCGCGGAGAUCGCCGGAUCCACGCUGGACUGCCACAGCGCGGCGCUCGCCUGCCAGCUGCUGGAGAGCGAGGAUCUGCUGCUGGACAGCCCGGAGCUCAGCGAGGAGUCCUCGGACUACGGCUCUCUGUCCGCCGGGGGCGAGUCCUCCUCCAGCGAUUCCGAGGAGGAGAUAGACGUGGUGACGGUGCGCCGCUGUAAAACCCUCACACGCUCUCAGUAUCAGCAGCAGCAGGAGGACAGCCGGCGGGAGCAGCAGAGAGCUCUGAAACGCUGCCACCUCGAGAUCCAGCAGCAGCACAACUACGCCGCCCCCUGCCCCGCCUCCCCGCCCCGUCCCGCCACGUGCCUGAAACGCUCCAGAGCCUCCGGAGACUCUCACAAGCUCUCCGGCCGCUCCCGCAACCUCACCACGCGCCACAGCGCCGACACAGAGGACGAGGAGGAGCGGCGGAGGACCCACAACGUGAUGGAGCGACAGCGACGCAACGAGCUGAAGAACUGCUUCUUACGCCUCCGAGAUAACGUCCCCGAAGUGUCCAACAACGACAAAGCUUCCAAGGUGGUGAUCCUCAAACGCGCCAAGGAGAGCAUCUGGAACUUGGAGACAGAGGAGCAGAGACUCAGUCACAAGAAGGACAAACUGAGACAGAGGCAGGAGCAGCUCCGGGUCCGGCUGGAGCAGCUCAGGAGACUCUGAGGAGCAGCAGGACUUUCCUGACUGGACUUUUCUUCAGCUCUAACUGAGGAACUCGGUUUCGGACUGUGCCGGCGCAUGUGACCCGGUGACUGAAACGUCCAUUAACCAGGCACCACCUCGACUGACGUGAUCUCCAAGGAGAAAGCUGAUGUUCUCGUUUGUAAAUUUCCUUUUUUGGAAACCAUGUGUAAUGCAACACUGCUCAGAGUUUAGUCCCUUUAGAGCGAAAAGCCUAAAAUACGAGUCUUAAUCAGUUCUGUGUUUCGGACUCUGUUCGUUUACUGUUUAACCUUAAAUAGUCUUCAUAAAUGAUCGUAUUCUGCUGGGCUGGAUCCAAAGCUAAUAUCUGGGGAUGAACGUGUGCCGUUAAAGCUCGCGUUCGCUGAUGGGAAAAUAACACGUUGCCACUUGUUCACUGUUUGAUUUAAACUGGAAAGACAAGACCCUGUUGGUUGAAAUUUGACAUUUGUUUAUAGCUAAUCAUGUUGAGUUUUGGAGUGUCUUCAUAGAAAAGGAGUGUUCAUACUUGAAAUUCACUCUCACUCACUUUCUUUCUGCUAAAGUUUUGUUUGUUUGUUUGUUUGUUUGUUUUCCUUUCUCUUUAUCUACCUCUGCCAAGAAUCCUGGGAAACAUUAUUGCCUUCAUAACGGCAGCCUGUAUAGAAUCCCCUCCUCUUUAUUUUUGUGUAUAUGUCAGUUUCUUAAUUAUGUAUUAUAAAUUAUUUAGCUGUUUGUUCUUGGUUUGAGAAUUUUAAAGAGUUAUUUUUUAGCAGCACUUUGUUUUAUACGAUUAUUAAAAAGUGGACAACACA